CGGCGGCGCUAGGGGAUGAAUGGCUGAAGGGUUCCAGACUAGCAUAGAGAAUACAAAGUAGGGGGGUAAGACAAUGGUGGUGAUAUGCUGCUGCUCAUUCUGUCGUUCCCUUCGGAUCACAAGUGGUUAAAGCGUUCAGUAUGCCCCAGUUUCAUACAUGAUGACGUGUGUUAGAUAUCGGGUAAUCUUAUGCUAGGUCUGCUAGCAGACUUUCAUCGUGGCAGGGGUAGGGCAAUUUUGUUCCGAUAUCCUUGCACUGCCUUUGAUACUUCGAUUAUUUCGUUCCACGUAGCAUCACUAGAGGAGCGAAAGCGUCCUGGCCUCUCGAGGCUGCAACAGAAUGCAUCCGACACGAGUCAUUCUUAUCAAGAGAGGACGGUUGAUCAUCAGCAGCAAAUGCCGACCGACCAUAUGGCACUCAUCCAAAUGAAACCAUGUUCAGGAGUAGCAGUUGUGCAGGACAAGCCAACCUUGGCCUCUAAGACAUGUGGGAUUCCCAGGUUCACCGAGCUAGCCGACAUAUGGAUCGUAAAAGCCGAAAGUCAAGCCAAUGACAUGGCGGAUAUGUUGACGAUACAGACAAUGUCGCAGUCAACCACCCCUUUGGCCUGUGGUAAUGCUUGGCACACAGCCCACGAUGGCGUGUUCGCAGGAGGGCUCGUAAUUCAAUGCGUAAUUUGCGACCUUCUCACCUCUGUUGCCUUCGUCGUCGGUUCCGUAGGCGGAGUGAUAUGGUAUGGAUGUCCUUUCCAAAUCGCAGCCUUCGUUUUAUGAGCCACGUACACCAAAGUGGGUUAUCGGAUGAAUUGAUAUCAGGACUAGCCACCGUGAUGGUUUUUAUCUUCGCU